CCUGGCCGUCGUCUGAAUCCUAAUACGUGAAAAUCCCCGAAAACGGUUUCUUUUUUUCCUCUGCUCUCUCUCUGGCUCCUCUAUUUAGUGUCCCCCAAUUUCACGAGUCUACUUGUCAAUCUUACCCCAUAUCUUCCCAUCUUUCUCUCAAAAAACUUUCCGAAAAUUAGAGCUACUUUCACUAGUAUUGUUGUUCUUUUCUAUCCUCUUCUGCUUCGAUUUCGGUGGUAUUUUGUCUUUUGAUUUCAUAAAAAAAAAAUUAUUCUUUUUUGCUGUGACACAAUAUUCACUCGCUUCACUCCUACACAAAUUUUUUUUUUUUUUUUCAAUCUUGUUUUUUGAUCAACGAAAAAAAAAUGAAGGAUAACGUGAUGAACCCAUUGGCUUUGACAUCCUUGAAUCAUAUCUCGCUCGUUUGCAAAUCCGUCGAGAAAUCCAUGGAUUUUUACACCAACGUGCUCGGAUUUGUUCCGGUCCGGAGGCCCGGAUCAUUCAAUUUUGAUGGAGCUUGGCUGUUCAGUUAUGGAAUCGGGAUUCAUUUGUUGCAAUCGGAGAACCCGGAAAGCAUGCCGGAGAAAACCGUGAUCAAUCCCAAGGACAAUCAUAUUUCUUUCCAGUGUGAGAGCAUGGCUGCAGUGGAGAAGAAACUGAUUGACAUGGAAAUCAAGUAUGUGAGGCAGCGGGUUGAAGAAGGCGGAAUCUACGUGGAUCAACUGUUUUUCCACGACCCAGAUGGAUUCAUGAUUGAAAUAUGCAACUGUGAUAAUCUCCCAGUCAUCCCAUUGGCAGGGGAGAUGAUUCGUUCCUGCUCCAGAAUCAACCUCAAGAUGAUGCAAUCUCCGCCAGUUCCAGUCGUUCGGCCUUGAUCCUGAUCAUGAUGAUGAUGAUGAUGAUGAUGGCGACAAAUCACAAGGAUUUUUUUUUUCUUUCAAUCUGGGUUGGGUAUAAAAAACGUCAGAAUAUGCCAAUUUGUCUAGGUCCCUCUACUACUUGCUUUUGAUUUUGUGUCAUGUUGUCAGUAUUUGCUUUUGUUGUAAGUAAAUACUGCUAGUUGUGUGAUAAGAAUAAAUUUUCUAGUAUGUUUUCUUUUUCUUUUUGAAGUUUAUCAUGUGUGUUUGUACUUGGGGUAGGUUGUUGAUCGAUGAUGACAUUUUGGCAAAUCUGCCGAAACUGAAGAACUCAAUUUGUACCAAUUUGAGUUUAAAGUUUGUUAUGAAAACUCUAGUUGUUGCUUUCAUAUAUUUUUGGUCACUGUUCUUAAGCGUCACCAUUUCUCC